AUGAUACGGAUAUGCAAACCUAACAUCCGAUCGUUGAAUCACUUGUUGCUUAUAAUCUUAUUCAGCUGGCUCAUACUUUUCUACGUCAAUGAGAGGCUCCUCCCAAAAUACGCAGCUAAGAGUUGUAAAUGGCCAAAGUUGGAAGCGAGCUCAGAUACUCAAAAAGAAUUCAAAAAUGACCAGGAUCAAGAUAAAAUAUCAGAAGCCAGAGCUACUAAUGUGCUUUUCAUUGCAGAUCCACAGUUAAUCGAUAACCAUACAUAUCCAUCCAGGAAUCAAAUUCUACUAAAGUUGUCUGAGCAUACAGUAGAUAUUCACUUGAAAAAGAACUACAAUGCAUUUAUGUCACAAUUGAAACCAGAUUAUAUCUUUUUCUUGGGUGACUAUUUAGAUAAUGGGAGAUCAUCAAGUAGAAAAUAUUAUAAGGGCCAACUCAAAAGAUUUAAUAGGAUAUUCAAAAAAUUCAAAUAUAAGAAGAAUAAAAAUUAUUUCACUAAUGUGGCAGGUAAUCAUGACAUAGGCUGGGCAGACGGAGUGAAAAUACCUUCGAGAAAAAGAUUCGCAAAGAACUUCGGUAAACCUAAUGGAAUUAAACUGAUCAAUAAUGUUGAUUUUAUUACUCUUGAUACAAUUUCGUUGUCAUCCUCGAUAGAAGGUAUUUAUCGUGAUGCUAGGCUAUUUUUAGAUCUGAAUUUUGGUGAAUCCAUUGUUAAGACCAAUCCUCGAAUUUUGCUUUCACAUGUUCCGUUAUUCAGAGAUGUCGAAAAGUAUAAAUGUGGCCCAUUAAGAGAAAAUCCUAAAUUUUUCACCCACGGAGGCUAUCAGUAUAAGCUGGCACUUGAGCCAGAUAUAUCCACUGAAAUAAUUAGAAAAGUCAAGCCUGAUUUGAUUUUCACGGGUGAUGAUCACGAUUAUUGUGAUAUCACCCAUGAGGAGGUCGAAGAUCAAAGGGUUAGAGAAAUUGCAGUCAAAUCUAUAAGCAUGGCAAUGGGAAUCCGAUACCCAGGUGUUCAGAUUUUAACGUUUGUUAAUGAAAAUAAUGAAGAUUACAACUUGGGAAAUAAUUUCAGAUACGAAACGAAGUUAUGCUAUACGCAAACUCCGUACUAUAACAUUAUUAGUUACGUAAUCCUAGCUGUUAUAUCGUCAUUGAUGAUAUGGUAUUGGGAUAUUAUGCAGUCUGCGAAUCACGGUUAUACAAUAUUACCUUAUGUCAACGGUGCUACAGAGCCCUCCUUUGCCUCCGCGUCCCAAAAGGAGAAAACAUCGAACCUAAAGAAAAUUUCGAAAUUUAUUAAAGACCAGGAUGAUGAAAGUUAUAAAUACAAUACUGGAUUCUCUAAAUAUACCUCAUCUGCUCCUAGGGGUUCGUGGUUGACAAACGUUAUCAAUCGGAUCAAGUUGAGAACUAGGUUCAAAUUUCCAAUAAUUGAUAAGUUUAAGCUUAAAAGUAGCCCUAUUGUAUGCAUUAGCCUUAAGAAAUUGAAUCUCGGCUCUUUCCUCAAACAUUCGAUUUUGAUGGCCAUAGUAGUAAUUUCCGUUUAUUAUCUUGGGUUCUGUCUAACUUUAUAA